UUGCUACCACCGGAAGACAUCAUCAAUCUGAAAAUGAGAGCGACAUCGAUCAUCCUAUCAGGAGUUCUUGUCCUGGCCGCUUGCCUUUUGAGGUGUAGCGAGGCGACGACCUGCACCGCCGACCCCACCGUCGCUGGAUGUACCGACUGCACCACCAGUCCAAGCGAUCCCGAGUGCGUGGCUGAGGCCGCUAAUACCACUACGAAACCCGCAGAUGGAACAGAUACCACGACACCCGCCACAGGAGGAAGCACCGAUGUGACCCCAUCGGGAUAUACGACGCCUACUUCGUCGAGCGGCACUGUCACUCCAGCUCCGACCAGCCCACCUAGCGACUCCUCGUCGCCCAGCGACUCCUCACCCAAUUCAAACAACGCGGCUGCCAGAAGGAGGAGGAGGAUGGCGGCCAGGAGGCGCGCUCAAAAAAGGAGGCGUGCACAAAGGAGGAGGGACCAAAAGAGGAGGAGGGCCCAAAGGCGCAGGAGGCAAAACCGAUCGGGUUAGAGCCGACACAUUUCCAUACGCUUUGAUAAAAUUACAAAAAUACUAAAUAAAAACUAUAUUCAGCAUCCAACAACGAAAAUAGGUUGAAGAAAUUUUCAAGAA